AGACAAAACGGCGAAUGCCAGGAUUGGCCGGAAGCACUUCGUAACCGCCGCCAGGAAGUUUGUAACGAGUUCUAGGACCACGGACUGGACUGUCGUCAAUGUAGGGAAUGGUGAAAUGCGGAAUUUCAGGUUGCAGGAUAGUCGUCAAGCGAAGUGCGCCAAAAGGCGACUGAAAUGUUGUUAAAUCGCAAUUCCGCCACAAGCACGGCCGGCAAAAUGCUCCGCAAGCUGAUCAGUGAGUGGUGGAACACCCGAAUGCUGGAUGGUCACCGCGUUUAGAGGCUCCAGGCUGUGUACGAGGCGGAGACUCGUGCCGUCUUUCUUCACAACGCAAAACCACCUUGAUCGACCUGAUCGUGGAUGCCUGGAGGAAUUGGGAUGUUGCGUUGAACCCACGGGGUGUGCGGGACGACCGGGAUGAUGACUGGUUGAAAGAAAUCGGUGCGGAACCUUCCGCGUUCUGUUUCUGUCCAUGCAAAACCAUCUUGGUGCAGGCACAUGAAAUGGUGCAUGAACCGGCGCUCUUCAGGCCAAAGAAAGUCGCCAGGGUGAAGGGAAUUGAUGGCGUCGUGACGCUCAAGCGUGUAACGACCGGUGGGAACAAAGGGGGGCGGAUUGGGAUUAAGUCUAGGCAUGGAUGCGAGCGGGUCACCACGGAUGUUGCGUACAAUACGGAAUUCUUCGGGAAGAGUUCCCAGGACGGGGCGAACCUUCUGAGCCACGGGCUUGUACCGUUUCUUUGCAAAGACGUCGACGUGUGGAGCAGAGGGAUAAGGGUUGGAAAAGGAUGUAGAUAGAUUGUAGAGAGGAACAGGCGCGUCAUGGUAAUGAGGAGGCGGUGACGGCUUGAGAAACAAAGGGGGAGUUGAAUCCCCCAUGGGAGACUCGGACUCCACUGCAGAUGACGGUUGAACGUUCGAAUAUGCGGACUGGACUGUACCAGAAUAUGCGCCCAGAUUGGUGGAAGCUAGAAGAUAAAGGAAAUUGAGAUCAGUAGAGGAAUAGUUCGAGGGCAGCUGAGCCGAUGAUUCAAUGAUAAAAUCUUGAGGAUCGAGAGGGUUGGGUAUAAAAAUGCACGCUGUCUCUCCUUGAUCAGUGAUCAAAUCCUCGAGAGCGGAAAAUCCUGUAUUCGAGGGCGAGAACCACGUGAAACGGUGGCAAUUGUUGCAAUCUUGCCUGUGUUGGGAUCGCGGAUUGUAAUGGUCUGGUUCUCAUUGGCAAAGUUGUGGAUGAUGCUCUCAGUGAGAACAUCAAAAGGGCGACCCAAUAAGAUGUCGUAGGCUGGUUUUCGGACGACGUGGACUUGGAGGUAAAGUGUGAUAUCGUCAAACGCAAACGGAACGUUCCGUGCAAGGCCAAGUGACGGGGAAACAGAGCCAUUCGCAGAUUGCAUGCGAAGAAUAACGGUGGGAUCAUA